ACCAUAACAUGACGGGCGUGUUCAGCUGCCACCGUGAUAAUGACAGGAACGGAUGUAUUGUGUUUGUUUAUAACCACUAAGACCUGAAAACAUAGAUGAGGAGGAUGAUGAUGAUGAUGAUGAUGAUGAUGAUGAUGAUGAUGAUGAUGAUGAUCUCUUCCUCCUCUGGUAGGACCCACCGAUGGCCGUAACGCUCGGUCUGAGAAUGGAGGAGAUGAUCUUCAACUUGGCAGACACACACUUAUUUUUCAACGAUCUCGAGGAGUGUGAUCAGGUACAUAUUGAUGAUGUAUCAUCAGACGACAAUGGCCAGGAUUUGAGUACUUACAGUUUUGCAACUGAUGGCUUCCAUGCAGCUGCGACCAGCGCCAACCUGUGCCUUGCUACGGGGGUCCGCGGAGGGGUGGACUGGAUGAGGAAGCUGGCCUUCCGCUACCGACGGGUCAAAGAGUUGUAUAGCACGUACAAAAACAAUGUAGGGGGGCUGCUGGGCCCGGCUAAGAGAGACGCCUGGCUGCAGCUCAGGGCCGAGGUGGAGGCUCUGACCGACUCCUGGCUCACCCACGCACUCAAGUCCUUGUCCAUCAUCAGCUCCAGGAGUAACUGUGUGAAUGUGUUGGUGACGACCACCCAACUCAUACCAGCGCUGGCUAAGGUUCUCCUGUACAGUCUGGGCUCGGCUUUCCCCAUCGAGAACAUUUACAGCGCAACCAAAAUAGGAAAAGAGAGCUGUUUUGAGCGUAUAGUGUCCCGCUUUGGCACUAACGUUACAUAUGUUGUGGUUGGCGAUGGGAGAGAUGAAGAGCAUGCGGCCAGCCAGCAUAACAUGCCUUUCUGGAGGAUAUCUAGUCACUCGGACCUGCUGGCUUUGCAUCAAGCACUGGAAUUUGAGUAUCUGUAACAGAUACCAAAAGCAAUACGGACAUAUUCAAUGUCGUCAGAGGUGGUCGCCGACAGACCUCAAAGAGCCUCGUUCUGUAUACAUAUUUAAGAAAAAAGACAACACACCAUACACUGCGACUUUUUUUGUGAUUUCCUUUUUUUUUUUUAUGUUUGUAUUUACAUACUCUGGUCUUAAGAAGAGGUGAAGGAAAAAAAAAAACUUAAGGACAGUGGGGUCAAGACAGGACUGGACC